AUGCAGAACGGGGAACAGCGCCAGCAGGCCAGCGGACCAGUCACCACGCUAUUGCCACCGCCGAAAGCCCUGGACACCACAGGAGACGUAUGGCGAAGCUGGAAGACAUGGCGGCAAGAGUUCGAGCUCUUCGCAACGGCAACAUACCUGAACCAGCAACCGAAAGAGGUACAGGCAGCCACCUUUCUUAUGAUUAUCGGAGAGGACGCACGCAAGACGUACAGCACUCUUGAUUUUGCAACUGACGAAGAGAAGUCGGACGUAGAAGUACUGAAAAUGAAGUUUGAGGCAUUUUACAAACCAGCUCUAAACUUAGCCUACCAUGAGUUCCGCUUUGGAAAGUGCGACCAAAAGGACGGUGAAAGUUUCAAUGACUGGCUGACAGACCUCAGAAAAAAAGCGACGAAACAAGUUCGUCUUGAAGUGGCAACGAGAGAAAGCAAGAUUCUGACAGAGUUUUUCGUCGUGGAUGACGAAAUCGCCGUGACCUUGAGCGGUACAGUUGCCGAAGAGCUUGGCUUGCUCCAACGUGUCUACUCUGUCGACCAAAUAGAGCUUUACGGCACUGCCAAGCCUUACGAAGACGUGUUUGAAGGUCUGGGUCAACUGGAGGGUAUUGUCUACCAUCUAAAGCUCAAGCCCGGGUCCCAGGGAGUAGUGAAACCAGCACGGCGGAUUCCAAUAGCAUUGCAAAGCAAGGUGAAAGCUGAGCUCGACCGCAUGGAGACUGCUGGAGUCAUCGUGAAAGUGACCGAGCCGACAGAGUGGGCCAGCAACAUGGUCGUUGUUACAAAAGGAGAGAAGGAGUCCGUCCGGUACUUGGGACACAUUUUGACGCGCGACGGCCUGAGCCUGGAUCCACAGCGGCUAGAAGACAUCUUGCAAGUCCAGACGCCAAGCAACCAGAAAGAGCUGCAGACGUUCCUGGGCAUGGUUUCAGACAGACGGCUGAGCCAAGUUCUACAAGAGACCGACCAGGACCCUGUGAUGGUGAAACUUCGACAGUACGCAAGCAGUCAGUGGCCGGAGAGCAAAGCUGACGUCAGCAGCGAGCUACGAUGCUACUGGAGCUUCCGCGACGAGCUGCAUACGCAAGAUGGCCUUGUAUUCAGGAGCAACCGCCUCAUCAUUCCGGCCAAGAUGCGCAGCGAAGUUCUUGCCUGCCUUCAUGCAGCGCAUGGGGGAGCAGAAAAAAUGAAAGCACGUGCUCGAGCUGUACUUUUUUGGCCUUCUAUAAACAGCGAUCUAGAGGAAGUUGCUCGACGCUGUGAGACCUGCCAAAAGCACAAGCCACGAAAUCGGCGCUUGCCAUUGAUGAACCAUGAAAUUCCUAGCCUACCCUGGGAAGUUGUGGGAGCCGACAUAUGCUAUCACAAUGCUACCGAGUACUUGGUGGUUGUUGACUUUUAUUCUUUCUUUUUCGAAAUCAGGCCCGUGAAGACGACAGCCGACAAGGUGAUUGCUGCCUUCGCAGACAUAUUCGCCACUCAUGGCUUCCCGCAGCGCCUAUGCACGGACAAUGGACCGCCAUUCAGCAGCCAGGACUUUCGUGAAUUUGUCGGUAAGAUUAGCUUGCACCAUGUUCGCUCCAGCCCCUAUCACCCUCGAUCAAACGGAAUGGCUGAACGUGCGGUGCAAGAAGCCAAAAAAUUGCUGAAGAGGUAUCGGUACGGCACAGUGGAUUUUUGUGCUGCAUUGCUUGAAUGGAGAAACACUCCUCGCGAUUCCUAUUUGAAAUCUCCAAUGCAGAGACUCAUGGGCCGAAAUGCGAGGACGCUGCUGCCAGUCACGGAAACCCACCUGCGACCGCAGACCAUACCGCCAGAGGAGGUUCAACGGCGGCUCCACGUCAUCAGAAGUAGACAACGUUCCUACUACAACAGGGGUACAAGGCCGCUACCAGGACUUCCUGAGGGCUCCCGCGUCACAGUGUACAACGUACCAUCAAAGACCUGGUCCCCUGCUACGGUUAUCAAGCCUGCCAACAGUCCGAGAGCCUACAUUGUUGAGACCGAAGAUGGACUCCAGUUGCAGCGCAAUUCUACAUGUUGUCCUCCCAGUGUUUUUUCAGUGCCAAAGAUGGAUCGGGCGCCUGGAAGCCGUGAAGGAGGGUACCCUGGCAGAUGGAACGCCUCCAAGCGUCGUGCAUUGGGGCUGUCUCGCCAGCUUGAUGGCUGUGUCGCGCCUUGUUCAAGCCGGUGCACCAGGACGGACAAGGUGGCGCAGAACUCGCGGGGAGGCAUUGGACCAAAGAGAAAACAGGGUUCGCCGACACCCGAGUGGUUUGCGGGGAAGCCCAACACACCGAACCAGAAGCGACAGGCCGCUCUCGCUAGACAGCAGAGCGACAGCUUUGUUUUCCCUGCUUGA